AUGUCUGUCGUCCGGGUGUCAAUUACGCACUCAUCGAGUGGGAUACGUGUCCCCGAGAAGCGCUACGAACUUUCACAGACGAUUGCGAGCAUUAAGAGCAACAUUUUCACGCACUUUGCCACACCUCCAGAGCAAAUGCAGCUUCAGCUUAUCGAUGACCGAGGCGUCAAGGUGGAGUCAAGCAUGGCAGACGACAAGCAGCUCGGGUACUACCAGUGCAGAGAUGAUUUUGUCAUUCAUGUUGUGGACCUUCGACCAACGCAGCAAAUAGCAAACUUUGAGGACGUGUCUCAGGUACAGAAGUAUGAGAUAACAGAAGAGGCAUACAGCAAACGGGAGGACAAUGCUCGGGCUUUCCGCCAACUCAUGAUGGCAAGACAACGUGAGGAGGCCGAAAAGGCUGGUAAUCCUCUUCCAAAGGAACUGGACGCAGACAGCUACAAGGAAACGGCUGAGAAGAUCCACGUCGAUGAUCGUUGCCAGUGCCAGCCUGGAGACCGUCUGGGAACGGUGCGGUUUGUUGGCCGCGUUGCGUCGCUGAAGCCAGGCUAUUGGAUUGGCGUUGAGUUUGACGAGCCUGUGGGGAAGGGUGACGGUAGUGUCAAGGGGACGCGUGUGUUCGAAUGUCAGCCGAAAUAUGGCGGGUUUUUACGUCCGGACCAGGUGACAGUCGGGGAUUUUCCACCAGAGGAGUUUUAG